AUGUCCUCUAUUGUAGGACACAGUGCAACCGCAACGCGCCCAAGCAGCAGGCUCAGCAACAGGUUUGACAGCAAAUUCGAUGCCGGGCCGUCCAGCAGACCGUCAAGCCGGGCCUCCGUUCGGCCAUCAUCAGCAAUCGGCGUUGCUCCGCCGGCCCGCGAUGCAGAGUACGACAAUUCUGAGGCACAGGCUGGUUCCGGCCCAAACAGUCCUGGGUCUGGAAAGCGCAAGCGGAACCUCCCCAUUAUGGCGGAUGAUGGACUUCUGAGAGGGACCAUUAUCCUCAAACCGUACCCUUCGACUCUCAUGGUCAAACCGCGGAUCCUACACCCAUUGAUGCUUCUCCCCCGAGAGACACUCCCUUUGUCGGCUCUCGAUCUCUCUCAGCCCUACGGAGACUUCCCUAUCUGCCGACUUUUCGAAUCCAAAAUCAAGAUUCUCGACCUCGAGGGCCGCUUAGGAUCCAAUGUUCUAUUGGCUCGUUCAGAGACAAACCGCGUGGUGUAUGCUCUUGAGUGGGAGAGCAACGGGCUAUACGUGUUGUGCAAAGUGGGGUCUUGGGUGAACAUUGAGGCGCUCAGUCAAAGUGCCACCGUUGUCUGUAGAGAACGUUUGAAGGGCGGUAAGACUGUCAAGAAUGACAGUCGUGGUGAGAGCCCGCUGAUUACUCCGUCAAUGUACAAUGAGAACAAGAGGAGGAGAUUAGCUAUCGAAGGGAUCCAGUCUUUGGUUCGGAAGCGCUCGGUAUCGGUUGUUGAGAAGGAGCUGCCAAGUCUGCCUGCAAGCGCGGAACCCGCCGAGGAGAGCCAGACUCCUCGACCAGAGGAGUCCCAACCGGCGGCCUUGCCGCUUGAGCACGCCGGAACACACACAAACUCGGGCCCAUCUCCGUCCAGUAAACUCGACACUCCUAUCCCGGCUGCCGGGCCUGCUAACGACUCUCUUACCCAACCGGAUGCCGACGGGAUCUUUCAAAAUGUCAGGGCCCAGUACAUGGAAGCACUGUAUCAUUCAAAGGGCUCGUUGGCGUACUUUGCGAAGGGGCCUCUUUCUCGGGCUAGAGCGGCCUUCCACAUGGAUUGGGAUUCGAACCUUGACAUGAACGACUUGAUAGAGUUCAUGAAAAGCCUCGUUAUGACCACUGUAGUGAUCGACAAGAAAUACCGGGAGACGAUUCCUGGGAUCAUUGCAACCACGAAACCACUCGGCCAGGACUCCGACGGCGCUUCAAAGACGAAGAAAAGAAAGACCAAAAAGCCAAAGUUGGGUAAAGAUGGCUUGUACCCUGGGGAAAUUGAUCAUAUUCGGAGUUGGUGGGCCUCUAACCAGCCCACGUCUGGCGAAGACGAGCAGAAGAGUUUGACGGCGAUCGAACACAAAUAUCACAUCUCCUAUUUGCGGAGGAGGGAAACACAACUCCAAAUAAUCUUGGUGCUCGAGAUAUUAGCGCUUGAACCCCUAGCGCAAGCGAAGGGUAGCGAGUGUCAACUUCCCGGAAUGGAAAUUCAAGCGCCUUCUCGAGAGGCGAGUCAAGAGCCGUCUGCCAAGAAGCGCAACAAACACAACCUCCCUGUGUUGCUUGAUGUCCAUGCCGAUCGCCUCUGCAUCUGGCAGUCUACGACGUUAGAUGAGGUCAAGGCGGUAGCUGAAUCGCAGCCGCUCACGGCUGGCCCAGAAGGAGAGCUUGAAAGGGCCAACUCAAACCCCCUGAGAGACUUCUGCGUCGACGUCAUUGUGCCAUUCUUUUCAGCUCGACUUCCAGGCCCAUGCGACUCGCUCAGUCGCAAGCUAGGUGGCCCUGUUGCUCAGUCACCUCCAAAGUCCAGUGCAGCAAAACCUGCUUCAGCCGUGAAGCCGAAGCCUGGGGCUCCAAUCAGACGACCAACGACGAAGCGGGACAAGGACAGGUCGCUGGAGCGCGCGCUCUCCGUUGAGCGGAGCCGACGCAGCGUCUCGCGGGGGCCGUCCGCAGCUAUUGCGCUACUGCGCUCCGCUAGUCAGACAGUGAUCCCAGGCAUGAAGCGAGAAGCUAGUGACUCCUCAAUCAUGGGCUUGGUUCCAAGGGCGGAUUCGGGCUCCGUCAAAGAACGGCCCUCCAAUCUCUUCUCUCGAAGCGUGAGCUUAAGCAGUAUCGAUCUGAAAGCGCAGAAGAAGGCUCAAGUAGACGCUGAGCUAAAGGACGCCAUAUCGGCGCUCAAAAAGCCGAAUAGGAGUCUGGCCGUCAAAGACAUCGUCGAGGCCGCUGACAAGCGAGCUUCGGCAGGGCAACUCAAGAAAUUGAAAAAGCCAAACCGUGCGGGCGCGGUUCAAGUGAAGGCUACGCCAGCCAACAACAGGUACAAAGACGUCCUAGCGGCAGAGAAGAAGCAUGCGGAGCCCUCGCCGUUCUCCAAUAUGCCCCCCUCCAGCGCCUCUAUGAUUCCGGCCUCAACCCUCCCCCGCAAGUUCUCCAACAGGCUUUCCGCCGCUGCUGCCCCUGCAGAUCGUGUCCACGCAACCCCUGCACGCCCAGCGGCUUCGUCCAUUCCCGCCACGGACCUCCGGCUGAUUCAAGAAACACCCGGCCCCAGCUUGCUCCCGUCAUCUCCUAUCAUGGCCAGGAAAGGAGCACCGGCACCGGCACCACCUCUUUUCGCAGCCGCCCAGCCACGGUCAAAUCGCCUCGCGGCUCCGAUAGGCCGAUUCACAUCGGGAGACAUACCCUCUUCCCCCGGUCUCGGCGCCCUCUUCGAAACGCCGCUGGCGCCGCGGUCAGGCAAGGACAGGUUGCCUAUGGUGGACGAUUCGCCGAUUCGGCCGAGACUCCCACUCGGGGCGAUGGGAGACGGAGGGAACAGGGCUGUGCGGGUCAAGACAAAGGGGACAACAGAGAAAGUUGUGGCUGCUUCUAUUACUCAACCUAUUGGGGGAAGUGAUGGCGCUGAGAGCGCGACGGGCGCGGCAGAGAAUAAGAGUGAUACGACAACGACGACGACGAAGACGUCGGUGAACAUUUACCAGCAGCUUGGCUGGGAGACGACGGACCUAGAUGACAUUGAUGAUUUGCUAUGA